AUGUUCGACUCACUGCGCCUGUUGGUGCUGUCGUUCCUUUAUUACUUUGGCUUCGCCUAUGCUGCCUUCACAGCACUCAAGCAGCGCUCCACAAGAAUUGUGGUGGCGGAGUCAUCGGUGACAACGCUGAUGGCUGCAAACGCACGUUGUCUACGCACAAAGGUGUCUAUCGAUAUUCCAUCGUUGAAGCUCAUGAUCAUGCUAACAUCCAUGGCGCUGCUCUCGCUUCUUGGGGCGGACUGGUUUCCACUUUUUGCGGAGAUGCGCGUUAUCUUCAUGUAUACGCUCCUUUUUGCACCCCCCUUGGCCCAGCAGGAGCUGUAUGAUCAGCUGUUCGCCCCUCUUCUGGCUCACGCUGGCACCGUUGUUCGCUCUCCGAAGAUAAGAGGCUUCUUUUCUCGCAAGGUGCCGUUGUUUUUAGUACGUCUUUGCGUUGACGUUGCGAUUGCCUUUGUGAACUACACGCAGCGCAGUCGUAGCCUCGAUGGCAAUGCGGCACAAGACAUCUUGCGUGGCCUGCAGUUUAGCCAGCGCGCGCUGCAGCAGGUUCCCGAUGUGCCGCUCGAGUCAGAAGGCGCGACGCAUGCGCACAGUGCAAGAGACAGCAGCGGUGCUGCCGACAUCAAAAAUGUGCGGCGAGCUCUCAUAGUGGAGAAAGCGACGAAGGGCUUCAACGCCCAUAUCCCGCUUGGCCGUGUUGUGCGGGAUAACUACAUUGACCCCGAGAGCAGCUUGUCCGUGGCGACGGCGUCUCUGUCAACGAUGUCACCCUUCUCCAGUACGAGGGGGGAUGGACUACUGACGAGUUUGCACAGCGAGUACUUACACUCUGCGUUAGAGGGCAGUGGAGAUAGUCAGACCGAUGACGUGCGUCGCGGUUGCAGAAACCACAAAAAAGUGUUUGGCAUCUCCUGA